UAAAAAGUAAUUUUGAAAUUCGACCCUUUAUGAUGAAAUAUAAAGGAGUUAUGGAUGACGCAAUUAUAGGUAUGGUGAGUGUUCUUCGGUCGGUUGUUUUUCAAAUUUAUGCAAGAGAUGCUCGAGCUAAACGCAAGGACAUUGAUAUUACUUUAUUGGAAAAGGCCAGAAACCAUCCCUGUGAAAAAUAUUUAGAAGACUAUCUUCAGAGCACUGAAAAUAUUACUUCUCUGAAAGACACCUUUCAAGGUGGAAUAGAGGAGGUAAUAUCUACACUACAAGAAGCCUUGUUGUCUGUCCUCGUUAAAGGAGAGGGUGGGAUAUCAUUAGACAUAGGACAAACUACAAUGAAAGUCAACCGAACACAGCUUGAAGAAGUAAGUUAUGGAGUAGAGGAUGAUAUUCCAGUUGAAGAAAUGGAGGAAGAAAUUGUUUGUGAAGACAGAGCAAGUUAA